AUAAAAAUGCCUUCUCGUAAGCGCAUUGCAAUGGCUUAUACUUAUUGUUCUCCACCUCCACCAACUCUGCCCUCUAAUGAUCCGACACCACCACCACCGGCGGUUCCGACGACUCCACCGCCAAAUUUAACACCUCCUGGUGGUAGUAAGGAUACUCCACCUACAAACCCUCCUCCAACAUUUCCACCACCAACAUCUCCUCCACCACAAACUCGGACUUCACCACCAAAUAAUUCCCAUAGUCCUCUUUCACCUCCACAAUUAAUUACUCCGAGUUCACCACCAAACAAUUCCAAGAGUCCUAUUUCACCACCACAAACUCCGACUUCACCACCAAACAAUUCCAAGAAUCCUCCUCUUUCACCACCACAGACUCCGAGUUCACCAUCACCAAACAAUUCCAAGAUUCCACUUUCACCAACUUAUUCACCACCAAAUGCGUCGCAAUCUCCAGCUUCUUCACCAAGAACACCAUCUUCAAUGGCCCCACAAAACUCACAUUCAUCACCAAUGUUAGCACCUUCAUCACUACCUUCAGAAGGUGGUAAAGUUCCUUCACUCUCUCCACCUCCAGCAUUAACACCACUUCCCACGCCGACUAUUCCUUCGACUACUUUUCCUCCACCACCAUCAAGUAAUAGUAUUAAUGUUGCUCCUCCUCCCCCAGGGGGAGGUGGAAAACACACAACAACAAUCUUAGCCGUAGGCGUAUCAAUUGGCGGUCUCUUCUUCCUAGCCUUUGUUGUUGCUCUCUUUUGCUUAUAUAAGAAGAAAAAGAAGCGCGUCUGGUUCCAGCUACAAAUGCUUGAUAACUUCUUGUCUUCUGCCUUACGAUGUAAAUUAAAUCUUUUAAUUGUCAAUAUUUGUGUAUUGUAUGAUUUUUCAUCCAUCUUGUUAUUAUGCGGUUAAUUUCCUGUUCUAUGCAGGAAAUGUAAACUUGGUAAUUUAUGUUCCAUUUUUUCUAGCUCAUGCUUCCUUCUUUUUUCUUUACUAUUUCUUUCUACUCCAAUCAAUGCCAUGAUCUUUCUUUAUCUUGAAUUCUUUCGGUCCACCUCUUUGGAAACGGUCUAUCUAUCUUUAUAGGGUAAGGACAAGGUCUACGUGCGUAUACACUAUCCUUCAUAGGCCCCACUUAUGAAAUUAAACUGAGUUUGUUGUUAUUUCAGUCCACCUCCACUCAUUAAUGUCAAGAAUCAUUUUAUUUUAUUUUUGAAUUCUUUCAGUCCACCUCUUCGGAAACAUCUUCUCUAUCUUUUUAGAAUGUGGGUAAGGUGUGCGUACACACUACCUCCCCAAACCCUACUUAUAGAAUUAAACUAGGUUUGUUAUUGUUGGUGGUGUUGUUUCAGUCCACCUCUCACUCAUUAAUGUCAAGAAUCAUUUCUUACGGAAGCACUACAGGAUCUUUUCACAAACUACUGCUUUUGAGAGCCAACAUCCAUUCUAAAAGUACAUGGAUAUGUGAGUACAUGAAGAAUUUUUGUUUUCUUGAAUAGGCGAAAGCAACCGUCUGAAAUAGAGUAUUAAAUAUUUUUGGGAUUUUACCUUUCUAUACAUUAUUUUGAAACUUUAUUACCUUCCAUAUUCAA